AUGCAAAACGGAAACCCAAACUACGGAAACCCGUGGUCCUCCCGGACGUCAUCGUUAGCGUCCACAACCAGCAGUAAUUUCGGCUUCUACGGGGCGUUCAGCAAAAAUCGGACUGCGGCGCCGACUUUCAGUACCAGACCGAACGGGACUGCCACCGCUCGCAGCCCCGCGCAAGUCGAUCUCCUCGGGUUCGGCGGCAACAAUCUCGUCGCGGGUGGACAACUAGUACAUCAGCCGGCUGGCGGUAGGGUCGCUCUGGUGCAACAAGCCUCGUCGCGGGCCGCGCAAACCCCAGUGGUGCAGCAGGAUCGACACCCCGUGCAACUGGCGCCGACCGUCGUUGAAAAAGGAGAUGAUCCGUUCUCGAAGGAGGUGGUGCAGCUGGGGAAAAGUGUGGUGAAAGUGAAGAAAUUGAUCGUCCCGGCGGUUACCCCGCCGGCCCCCGCACCGGCAGGAGCGGUGGCUCCUGCUGCGCGCGUCGUCGUGCAGCAGCAGCAGCAGCAGCAGCAAAAUGCGAUGAACAGUACCGACGCGCAAGGCGACACCGUGAUGGGCGAUGCUGCUUCGCCAGCGGAAGUUGUGGUCCGUAGCGCGCCGGCCGUGGAACGACCGCAGACCUCCGGGAACAAUCGCUCGUUGGCACAGCAGAUCCACCAGGCCAGCAGGCAGUUGGCAGGUAAUUAUACGAGUGCAGGCGCAAAGAGCGCGACUUCAUCUAAUACGAUUCCGACCACUAGUACGACGCCAUCAUCUACAUCUGGUACUUCCCAGCGGGUUGUCACGACUAGUGCGGCACCAACAUCCUCGUCGACUAGUACCCCUUCGACCACAACUACUACUGUUACUGCUUCUGCACCGGUGACCUAUGCGCACAACCCCGCGCAAUUGGCGUCCCGCGGUAAUACGGGAUACAUGCGCAUUAAUGCCGGGGCGGCACCGGUAUCUAUGUUAUGACUAUUUUUCGAUGCAUGGCAACAUUCUUUCGUCUUUCAGGUGUUUUGGAAAGUUUUUCAUAAUGUUCAUGUAUCUUCACGACCAUGCAGAAAUAAUCACAGCUGCAAUAUUAAAGAAAAAACCGCAGGCUGGCUCUUCCCUGACGGGCGAGAUGCACCGGUUGGGCAACGUGCUGCAGACCGGCAUGAACACUGUGACGAACUUAGAGCGCGGCGUCGCUAACCUGUCCCAGGGUCAGGAGACGAGUACGAACCUGCUUUCCGAGGUGUUCAGCCAGAAGAUGCAAGAUAUCGAAUGCAAAUAUGUCUGGGUCUGGGAGGUUGCGAAAUUUGUCAUGCUAGUCUGACAUAACUAUGAGCUCUGUAUUGCGUGGCCGCACUGAGCUCCUCUUGCCUGUCAUGCAAAAACGCUGCUACUUAUGCAGAGUACGCAACUGAAAACCAUGGAAAAACUUGUCAUGCUUGCCAGCGCAUGUGCAUGACAGUGCGCUCCCGAUUCCCUCCCUUGCAUCACAAGUUCCCAGACCCAGGCAUAUUUGCAAGCCAUACAAGAUCUGGCACAGCAGAACAAGCAGGUGUUCGACGAGUCGCUCAAGGAGCACCUGAAGCCCAUCUCGCAGAUGUGCGAGCGGAUCUUGCUGAACACCAGUCUGAUGGCUGCCGGGGCGAAGCAGAAGCAGAUUAAAACGGUGGACUACAAGAAGUUCGACCACAAGGGGAUGAAUCACGCCUCCUCUUCCCGGAAAUCCUCCCCGCGGAAACCCUUCGACAAAACCCACGAGUCCGGCUUUCCGGCCAGGUAAAUAAGAAUAACUACAACGAUGGUUUUUGUCAUGCGGAUUAUGGACGACUGGGUGUAAAUAGGUAGGAGUGGGAGUGCCAGUGAUUGCAUGAAUGAUAAUUUUUUGUUCGCAGGGCUCAUACAAAACCUGAUACAAACUGAUUUACAAAACAAGAAAUUUUUGACAAUGAUCCAUUACAGGCAGCGGGGACACAGCGACUUGAGUAACGGUUUGGGUAUUGGCGGCGGUUCCUCAAGCUCAUCGUCCUCUUUUUCCGUCUCUGCAGCUGCGCCGGCGGCAGGGGCGACCGAAAUCAUGCAUUUGCUAUCAGGUGGAUGCAAAUAUGUCUGAGUCCGGAAGAGUGCACUUGCCUGCCAUGCAUGUCCUGGAACAGAAAUCAGGUAGUCCGAAAUGCACGCAGAGCAUUACAGGUUCCGCGAGGUAGGUUUAUCAAUGCCAGCCACGCAUGAGAAAUCCGAGAUUCAUCGUGUCGUAGAAAAAGGGUCGGCAGCGUUUCGCACUGCUGCAAUACAGAUUUCUGCUCGCUACAGAAUUAGCAUGUCAAACUCGCAGUCUUCCAAGAAACCUAGAUCGAUAUUUGCGAUGCAUAGCCUGAAGAGGAGUCGGAACAGGAGCCUGAAGAAGAGUCGGAGGUUAUCAAAAGGAAAAAUCCCCCCUCCCCAUAUCAAAACGGAAAUCUGUAAGGCAGAUUUGUUGUCACAAAUCAGCUUUGUCAUGCUACACGGGAAAAGAUGCGGACUGUAGUGCUAGGUGGCGUGGCGAAGCCUUGCAUCUUCAGCAUGAGAGGAGGCAUCUGAGAGUGGGAAACAGCAUGACAAAUUGUCUGCAAACGAGGCAACGACUGCGGCUCUUGGCCUUCUAGCAUGACAAAUCGAUUUGUGACCUCAAAUACAGCAUCACAAAUUUCGUUUUCGAUAUGGGGAGGGGGGAUUUUUCCUUUCGAUAGAGGUGUCUCGGCCCCCUCUCACCGACGUCGAGAGGGGAGAAAUCUCGACAGGGGAGAUGUCGUUGUAA